GGGCACGCCGCACCGGGUACAGCCUCCGACUGUCCCAAGUACUAGGUCCUAGGCGACGCGGCGCUUAUAAAGGCGGCAGGCGCACACCGCCGACAGUGACUCGCCGUUGCCCCGAACCUAUCCGUCCACUCCAGACAUGAAGGCUAUCGUGGUGUUGGCGUUGGUAGCGCUGACGAGUUGCGCGUACGCAGACACCGAGAAGAAGCAAGAGAAGCGCGACGCUCUGGGCCUCGGCUACGGGCUGGGCGCGCCGUUAGUGGGCCACGGCUACGGCGGGUACUACGGGCACGGCCUCGGCCUCUUCAACCAUGGCCUGCACAGUAGCGGGCUCUACGGCGGCGGGCUUUAUGGCGGCGGUCUCCACGGCGGUGGUCUCUACGGUGGCGGUCUCUACGGGCACGGCCUGUACGGGCACGGCUUCGUGGCACCGCCUCUGCUGGGUCGCGGGCUCUAUGGCGGCGCGCCGCUGCUCGGCUUCGGACACGGAUACUUACAUUGAGUGGCGGACGGCCACUCUAGCUUGUAUCGAUGGCUUACUAGAAUAGCGGCCCAUUUCAAAGACAUCUAAUUCACUCGGCAGGCGAAAAAACUGAGAAGUAUCUUGCGCGCAAAGCCUUGUCUAGGCGGUUGGAUACAUAAUAAAACGUAGCACUUUUGGAUACAGCUGUGUAACAAGUGAAAAUGGAUAUAUUUUGGUGUGGGCCACUCCUCUUGAAAACUAGCAAUUAUAUUUAUUAUGUUUAGUGCCAAAUUAUUGUGAAUAAAUAAAUGUACGUAUUCGUUUGAUAAUUAUAUUCUGAGAACCGCUACUUUU